CUCUCGUCCACAAUCCUGUCUCUCUCUCUCUCUCUCUCUCUUUGACUCUCUCUGUUUCUCGCUGACUAUCUCUCUCACCCAAUUCUCUCUCCUCAAUCUCCCACCUUUCAAGCUCCAUUCGCCGCCCCAACAUCCAUCGGACGGAAAACACAGACCGAGACAGAGAGACAGAGAGAGAGAGACAGAGAGAAGCUCUGCCUUCGAUCUGUGUCGAACUCUGACCAUCACCUUUGAUGGGCUUUAACUCCUCCUCGUCCCCCGACAUCCUCAAUGGCCAAAUCUCUCGGACUUAGCCGCAGCAUCGGCAUCGCCUCCCUCCUCCUCCGCCUCCUCAUCGAUUCCAUCCUCCCCAUUACCGCCAUUAACCUCCUCCUCAUCCUCCUCCAUUCCCUCUUAUAACUCUCGCUCCUCCUCCCACCGGCUCCUUGGGUUCCCUCAGCCUCCCCUCCGAUUAUUCUAUUGGGUCGUCCCUUUUGAAUAUUCAAUUCAAUUCUGAAAUUCCGCCGCUUCCGUCUCCUCCCUUGUUUAGUUUAAUCUGCAAUAUCUCCUCCUCCUCCUCUCUUGCUCAGGCAAACCUCCGAUUCCAUCGGACCGUCUUGCCCCUGGUCAGGAAGCAUGGCGUCGGUGUUUAUACACCAUGUGGUGGGUGAUCUGACGGUGGGGAAGCCCGAGCUGGUGGAGUUCCUCGAGACGGACACAGUGGAGUCGGCCAUCCGGGCGAUCGGGGAGUCCACGGAAGGCGGGAUCCCCGUGUGGAAGAGGAGAUCGCAUCUGGGCAUGGUGGAGAACAGUGAGAUGAGGCAACAGAGGUUUGUGGGCAUCCUCGAUUCUCUCGAUAUCGUCGCCUUCCUGUCGAGGAGCGAGUGCCUGCAGGAUCAAGAGAAAGCCAUGAAGACCUCUGUCUCCGAGGUUGUCGUUCCCAACCAUUCCUUGCUCAGACUGGUUGAUCCUGGAACCAGAUUGAUAGAUGCCCUUGAGAUGAUGAAGCAUGGUGUGAAACGGCUCCUUGUCCCAAAGAGUGUUGUGUGGAAGGGCAUGAGCAAGCGGUUCUCUAUCCUCUACAAUGGCAAGUGGCUCAAGAACAUUGAUACCUCGAACAGCAGCAACAAUAAUCUCCUUAUAAACACAAAUCGCCCCUCAUCAUCUAAUUCCACAGCCACAACCUCGCUCAAGGACAAGUUCUGCUGCCUCUCCCGGGAAGAUGUGAUCCGAUUUCUCAUAGGUUGCCUUGGAGCACUCGCCCCUCUCCCCCUCUCCUCCAUCUCCUCCCUCGGAGCCAUCAACCCGAACUACUACUCCAUUGAGGCCUCUCUCCCUGCCACCGAGGUGACCCAGAAACGCCCAGAAGACCCUCGAGCUGUUGCUAUUGUAGAGCCCUCUCCGGAGGGUCAGUAUAAGAUUAUUGGCGAGAUCUCGGCGUCAAAGUUAUGGAAGUGCGAUUAUGUAGCUGCAGCGUGGGCCCUAGCAAAUCUCUCAGCUGGCCAGUUCGUGAUGGGGGUGGAAGACAAUGUGAGUCUGAGGACACUCCCCGAGUUUCAGGUCAAUUCAACAGCCACUGGAAAUAAUGGAGUGGUCAAUUGGGGAGGAGUUGGGUCUAACAGGCCAAAGAAGUUCAGCAGCCGGAGCGUCGGGUUCUUCAGCAAUAAGAGCCCAAGCCUCAGUCCAAGUCGGAGCAUGUACAGAGGCCGAAGCGCUCCCUUGACUUGCAAAGUCACGAGCUCUUUGGCAGCAGUCAUGGCUCAGAUGCUCUCUCACAGGGCGACUCAUGUAUGGGUUACUGAGGAGGAGAAUGAAGAAAUACUCGUGGGCGUGGUGGGCUACUCAGAUAUCUUGGCCGCCGUGACAAAAUCGCCGGCCUCCAGCAUUCCUCCAAACCAAUCUGUGGAGACGCUCGCAACGACAGAGAUUCAGAGUUGAAGAAUCUUGGAAGAUGGAUUCCUCCUUUUCUUUUCUUUUUGGUUAUUUUCAUAGAACAUGUAUGUAUGGAGACACCUUCAGUUCGGUCCUGGUCUAUUCCAAACAGGGUGGAGUUGGAGUGGAACUGUGAUGAGACUUGGAGUUUAGGGUCAUUCUCGGUCUUCUUUUCAAUGCGUUUUCAUGUGUAUAAGAUUAAUUUUGGAUUGUACUAAUAAAGACUAAGCAAGUCAUGCCAUUGGAUUGCUUGAUGUGUAA